AAAGAAGACCCCGUACAGUAGGUGGCGGCCAUACACCAUAGGUGUAGCCUGCCCUAAAACUUUAAAGAAGAAGUAGUGGCCUCAUAACAAAGCCUCUUGGAUUUUUGUAUUUAGCUUGAUUGCUAACAAAUGAGGUCUAGAAGUUCAAGUCGAGUAAGCUUUGCCAUAUGACAUAGCAAUGGCAUAGGCUAUAUAAAUGUUAGGGAUGUUUCUGUAGCUUGUCAUUUUAGUUUUUAGCUAAAAUGUAUGUUGCUGACUACACCAAGUGGCUCAAACAUUGGCUGGCUAGCUAACUCUUAACGAAAUGUUCAUAUUUUAAGAGCUAUUCGACCAUUUACCUAUACUGUUAAUCUGACUCGGCUCUGAUUCUUCAAUUUGAACACAUUUAGCUGAGUUUAUCAAGACGCAAUUCAGCAUCCUGGUCUACCCCUCUCCAGCUCCUCCUCUCCUUUCUUGUCCUGGUCCUGUGCACUAUGACCAUGCGUGUGGAUGCAAAAGUUGUUAUGCUUGGUAAAGAGAGUGUGGGCAAGACCAGCCUUGUGGAGAGAUAUGUUCACCACCGGUUUCUUGUCGGCCCCUACCAGAACACUAUUGGGGCUGCAUUUGUUGCCAAACCAAUCCAGGUUGGAGACAAGGUGGUUACACUGGGAAUAUGGGACACGGCUGGAUCAGAGCGCUACGAGGCUAUGAGUAGAAUCUACUACAGAGGAGCAAGGGCUGCCAUUGUCUGCUAUGAUUUGACGGACACCAGCAGUUUCCAGCGAGCUAGAUUCUGGGUGAAGGAGCUGCAAAACUGUGACAAGCACUGCAAGAUAUACCUGUGUGGCACAAAGAUUGACCUGAUUGAGAGUGACCGGGGCCUGCGGCAAGUAGACUACCAUGACGUUCAGGACUUUGCUGACGAGAUUGGGGCUAAACAUUUUGAAACAUCCAGUAAAACAGGAAACAACGUGGAUGAGCUGUUCCAAAAGGUUGCAGAGGACUACAACAGCAUCUCCUUUCAAUUAUUGACCGAAGAGACCGGUGUUGACUUGGGUCAGAAGAAGGACUCUUAUUUCUCUUCCUGCUGCCACAGUUAAGCCUUUACUGGAUGGACAGCGAUCACUUGCUGUAAAACCAACCUGGAAAUGCAGGAUGGAUGCUACACAUCCCACCUGGAGCCUGUCCAUUUAAAACAGAGAAAGAAAGAGAGGAGUCCAAACAGUGUUGCUGUUUUUUUUGGUAGCUUUUUUCAGUUGUCCCAUAGACGAUUACAUGCUCACUGCAUUUAAAGGAGUCAUCACAAUAGUUUGAUGCGACCCCUCUCCCAUGACAAAGGACCUGCCAAGAGCGAUAUCUGAAUGAAGCAUACGAGGAACUAGCACCUCAACCCCACUAAUUAUUUUUUGAUUUCCUCAGUGUCUAUCAACCCACCUUAUAUAAAUGAAUUAUGCUGAUGACACAAAUGGCCUUCAUCACUCAGUCAAAUGCCUUGAGUGAGUGUGCUUCUUAAUGACUUGAUUUGAAUAAGCAUUCUGUGAACACUGUUUUCAUUGUCUACUCUUCAUGGUGAAAUGUACUUGCCAAACUAUGUACCUGAACAUUUAUUGUCAUCUAAUGUGUUUUUCUUUGCGUCAUAAAUUCUGAUACAGUUGAAAGUAUGGAAUGCAACUAGAAAGAUUGCACCAACACAGGAAAAAGCUUGUGGGUAAAUGUAAUAUGAUAGUUAUGUCGCCAUGGCUAAAAGUACAAGAUAUAGCUUAUGUGGUCCUCUGUAAGUCAGUUGGUAGAGCAUGGCCCUUACACCGCCAGGGUUGAGGGUUUGAUUCCCUGGGCCACCCAUAUGUAAAAUAUAUGAACGCCUUACUGUAAGUCACUUUGGAUAAAACUGUCUGCUAAAUGGCUUAUUUAUAUAUAUAUAUAUAUAUAUAUACUAUAUAUAUAUAUAUAUACUAUAUAUAUAUAUAUAUAUAUACUGUAUAUACACUCAAAGAAACCCUACAUACAGCUAUGUUAACUAAUGUUCAAUGUAAUCUCCAAGUCACUAUUUCAAUGUUACGGACGCCUCAUCACCGUGGCUGACCAUUGUCGUUACUCCACACAAGUUGCAAUUUUCUGUGAAUGUGUUGUUACUGUUUACACUUUUCAAGAAACCUUUGACCUUUUGAGACAGUCUAGCCAAUGGCAGAUUUUUACUUGAUUUUACCAAUGUGUGUGAAAAUGUAGCUUAGUUAGAGCUAUUAUUGCAUUUGAGUACAAAUAUAAUUGAAAGAGAAUUCUGAAACCUCUGAGGGUUUAUCUCAGUCCCACUGAAGUUGUGCCUGUAGGGUACUAGAAGUAAGCAGCAUCAAUGGGCCCACAGGCAUGAAUCACAUAUCCAUCAUUAGCUGUGUAUAGAAGGCUCCAUUCAAGUGUACAUACACUUCAUCAAACAUGUUAUUGUUUACACACACACACACAGCACCUUCUAGUGGUGCCACUCCCCAGGAUGCAGAACUGGUGCCUGAGAAAGAGGACUAGUUCACACACACAGCACCUUCUAGUGGUGCCACUCCCCAGGACGCAGACCUGGUGCCUGAGAAAGAGGACUAGUUCACACACACAGCACCUUCUAGUGGUGCCACUCCCCAGGACGCAGACCUGGUGCCUGAGAAAGAGGACUAGUUCACAUUCACAGCUCAUUUGUAUGAAUGGUUUACAGGACUGUUAUUGCAAGGGGCACAGGCACAAAGCAAGAGGUUGUUUGCAGUCCCACGUCUAUUUGAUGCCUUGAAGAUAUUAUAACAUGUAUAUAGUCCCAACACCAUUACAGGUCCACAGAGAGUCAGUCGGCUGAUAUGAUCAUUCAUUGUGUGGACUGUUUUGUAGCAUGUUGUAAAUUGAAAAAAUAAAGACUAGAUUUCUGCAA